AUGAAGGACGCGGUUUGGUUGUCACUGUUGGUGAUUGUCUUCGGUUUGGUGACAUCAAGCUAUAGCAGUCUAAUCAAGAGACUACCCGCACUGUCGGCAGAGCGAGAAGAUGGAUCAAUAGCCAUAGUAAGAGUCGGGGUUACACUUUGGCUCGGUGAUGGUGAGUCGUGCACUGCUGAAACUAUCACCGGCACUUCUACGCAGACUGCAAAUAUUUCUCCAGGGGUCACUACGUUUACCAUCACCGAGGUCACUACUAAGGGUAUUAUUGGUUGUCACUAUGCCCCGACGCUGAGCGCAGUCGCCGAUGUUGGCAUUGGACCAGCGACUGCUGCAAAAGCCGCUAUAGCACUGCCGGCAAAUGGACAAGUCAAAACGGUCACAGACUACACAACGGAGACGUUUACAUCGUGCACAUGCACAGAUGACUCGAUUACCACGACGACCACCUCGAGCGUGUUUGUGACAACUACCUCCAGUGUGCUUGUGAUGACCACGAGCGUACCUGUGACAACCACCUUUAAAACUGCCACAAAUACCUCUAGUGUGCCUACAACGACCACCCCGACUAUGCCUACGAUGACUACCUCGGUCACACCUAUUAUGUCUACCUCGAGUAUGCCUGAGAUAGCCAGCUUAAGUGUAUCUACAACGACUACCUCGACUGUGCCUAAGAUAGCUAGCUCGGGUGUACUUGCAACGACCACCCCGACCUUAACUGGAACAACUACACCAACAACUUCGACCACGAUUAGUGAUCUGACUACCACUCUUCCAGGGAAUACAACCCCAUCAACAACUAAAGUGAAAACCCCAACCACUUCCAGCUCUGUGGGUGUUACCACUGUUCCAAUGUCGACAGCGUCAAUGGCCACAGGUGGCUCAACUGUUACUAUCCCAAAUACCACCAUCAACCUACUGGGAACAACACUUCCACGGACAACCAUCACAACAAUUAUAACUGAGCCUACCAACUUCACUGUAUCGAAUAGCAGUAGCAUUUUACCCGGCUCAACCCGUACCCCAACUAUCACGGGUCCUGGAAGUCCAGGAACUGUCGGUUAUUCAACAACCAUUAUCAACACUGUCACUAUCCCAAGUUCACAAACAGCCCAAGCGAUCAGUCCAUCUACUACCGCCACAGUUAGCGGGCCUGAUGCCUCUUCGACCCAGAGCUCUGGCAGUGCUACGACAGUAUCCGCAUCUGUAUGCUCCAGCCUUAUCAGCAACCCUUCCUACACACCCACCGCCACUUUGCCAGAUGACUAUACCUGGGGAUGUGCACCCGGGUAUCUCUGCAAGCCACGUCAUACGGGCAAUCGCUCGGAAUGCAACAUUGAAGCAGGGCUGCCCAACCCCGGAUAUAUCUGCGCCCCUUCAGACUGUAUUGUAGCCCCAUCUUUGGACGCCCAUUCCUCUUGGCAGUACGAUAUCUCGAACAAUUAUUACAAUCUCAACCCGGAGGACUUUGGCCUCAACUAUUCUAUCUUCCAGUUCACAGACGACCCAAUUGCAGCCAAUAAUAAGCGCGACAUGUCCUUGUGGGACUUCGGUGUUGCCCAGAAGGUCAAAACAGUCGACAUAACAAACAUUCCUGCUGUUUGUUACAAUGAUUGUAACGAUGCUGCACAUGAGCCGCAGCUGCUUGGAAAGACAUCUGAACUUUGCAAGAGUGACUCGGCGUUCAUGGAAAAUUUGGAAAGUUGCAAUGAAUGUAUCACCAACAACGCUGAAUCUGGCUCCGAUCAGUUUUCAUCAAAAAUGUUGCCGACGUUUGCACAGUGGCUGAAUUUCUGCUCCGAUCUGGCCACUUCCACAACAACGCAAAGUGCCACCAGCACCAAAGUGGAUACCGCGGCGAUAAGAAUUCAGACCAUAACUACCACCAGCACGGAAGUAUCGAUAGCAGCCGCAAUCACUAGCACUCAGGCGCUUCAGGCUAGCAGCACUGAAGCUAGCAGCACCAGCACCGAACCCACCAGCACCGAGCCCACCAGCACCGAGCCCACCAGCACCGAGCCCACCAGCACCGAGCCCACCAGCACUGAAGCUAGCAGCACCGAAGCUACUAACGCUGAAACGACAAAUGCUGAGACUACGAGCAGUCAGUCUACCCAAGAAACCACUACCACCACUGGGGCUGAGGAAUCAUCUAGCCUAAUCGAGACAACUCAAACAGUCAGCCGCUUUACAACCUCCACUUCCGGGCUCUCUCGUGACAAGCUCAGUGCCGGGAUCUAUCGCGACAACAUCAUUACCUGGCUCACUUAUCACCGCCUUGUUUUCCGGUUCAAUCAAGACGGUGUCGAGUACUCAGGGCGCAGGGGCUGGGGAUGGAAACCUAUCCGAUAA